AUGAAAACCGAAGUUGUUGCUUCAUGGCCGCUGUAUCUGAUCAACACAAAUAUCGACGAAUUUCUCGAAGAAGGCAGCGACACUUCACAAAACCUUGUCGAGCCUUUUCAGAUCGGUAGACAGCUGCGUCACAUAGAAAGCCUGGAACCUAAUGAGAGCUACACAGAAGACCUACUUCUAGAAUUCGACUUUUUGCAAGGUGGCAACGCAACCGUUGCGAGUCAACUUUUUCCGUUGAAAGCGAAAGACUCAAGCAUCGCAGGUGUGCGCUGGAAGGUUUCGCAGCAAGAGCUAGAAAUAUGGCACCGUCCACGAACUGCGCACUACGCCCACCCUGCACUAGACUCGCUUCGAUACCCCGCCGCACCAGCACAGUUGACAGCUCAAGCGGAGCGCCCACUUGCAACCUCUCCACUGGCAGGUGAUGCAGCAAAACGCGUGCACCGACCGGAAGGCGAUCACAGCACUAGCAGGCACCAACCCAGUCCGCUGUCUGAUGCAGCAGCGAGUUCCAGCGCCCCACGAAUCCACUAUUUAGCGGCCAAGCGUGAGCGUGGCGAGUACAACACCGUUCUGCUGCGAAGAGUUGUCAUACCGGGCCAAGGAACUGCUUUUGUUUUGGUGCCCGUGCACGCUGUCUUGCAUAUGCUUCCUUCCGGUCUGGUUGAUCCCUCGACAUCUGGGAGCUUGCAGGGAGGUGAGCCCCUAAGUGAUCACCGCGAUGUACCGGUCGAAGUAGAUAUCGUCUUCCGAAGGAGCGAGCAGAGCAAGACGACCAACGCUAGCGACCUUCUGACGUCACAGCGACGUUUACUCGCAGGCGCAGAUCCGUGGGUGCUCGUGCGUUACGAAUCGACAGCAAAUGAAGUGAAUAUUGAAGGAAUAAGGCCCGAGCAACUGGAUGCUCUCUCUAAUGCACCACAAGCGCGUUUCCUACAGCGGGCUGAGCUCCGAGAUCGCUUUGCACCAACAGCAGCGCAGCGCUGUUUCGUGUCGGAGAAAUACCAGAUUGAUUCCGAGACUCUCGGACGGGGCAUUGUGCUGGCAAUGGAUCGAUGGACUGGUGGUCUUGAGCAUCUGGGCCCGUCAUCACCUCAACUUCGAAAAGCGGAUCGAUUGCACGCCAUCAGCGAUUACAUAGUGAAGCUGCUCCGUCACGCUCAAGUUGUACCGUUUGAACGCCUGUAUUCAGUUGUGAAUGCGCGCUUCCCUUGCGAAGAGACUGAGCUUGUCGACAUUUUAGCAGAUCAGACGUUUCUUGUCCGUGGCGCUCUCGUGCUAGAUAGCGAAAUUUUCUUCAAUGCUCCCGCAGAAGGAUCCCAGUCUUUUCGGCAAUUGUCUGCGACCAGUGAGCGCGACGAGCUGGUGAUGGUGAGAAAUCUCGUGCUCGCUCUCUUUGAUGAAGCACAGCCCGAUGGCACCGUAACUUUGAUGGAGCUUGCCAUGCUCAGAGGUCGUACUACGCCAAAACGACUAGCUCGGAUUAUGAACGGCCUCGCUCGGACAGGUGCCCGUGGUGCGUUCCAAUUCCUAGUCAAGAGAUGCAACGACUUGGGCGAAAAAUUUCCCGACACAGCCAGCAGGCUAUCCGCGCGACUUCGAGGAGCUGCAGAGUUGGCUCGAGCGCGAAUCUUUCUCGGUAAUAACUGCAGUAGGACCCAUAUCCGGACCCAGGCAAAAGCUACCAUGACCGCUGGCGAUAGAGAGAGGCGCCCGGGUGCAAAGCGACGCCGCACUUGA